CCGACGGCCGUGGAGCAAGACGCCUAGCCAGGCAAGCUGCGAGCUUCCUCUCCCACCGCCUGCUCUUGCAGCCGAGGCGGCAGGCGCUGCUCCGUCUGAAGCAGCCCAGCCCAGGCAGGGGGAGGGAUUGCACAAGCCCCGGAGCAGAAAAUGGUCGGCCGAGGUUGGUGCGAGAGGCGAAGCUAGCCGGGGACGCCGCCGUGCCGAGAAGAAGGGGAAGCGCAGCAACGCCGGAGACCCUCUUUUUUUUCUUUUCUUUUUUUGGCCUUCGUCGUCAUCCGGGCUGUUGUUUUCCCUGCUGUCGACCGAUAUUAUUGCAUGCAUGCAGCGGAUUUGAGCACCGGCCGCCGCAGCCGCCCGGGCAACAUGCAGCUGUCUCCCUGCGGGGCGGAGGAAGCGGAGUGAGGAGGAGCCGCAGCGGCGGGGUUCUGCUUUCUUCUUCUUCAUUUGCGUGCGUCUUUCUCCUCCUCCCGCCACCCCGCCUUGUUUGGGCUUUUUGCUCGCGGGAAAAUGGAGCCUUUCCCCAGUAACGAUCGAAUUCCAUUACCUAGGAAUAUGAUUGAAAACAGCAUGUUUGAAGAAGAACCUGAUGUGGUUGACCUGGCUAAAGAGCCCUGCUUGCAUCCCUUGGAGCCUGACGAAGUGGAGUAUGAGCCAAGGAGUUCUCGGCUCCUUGUCCGUGGUCUUGGAGAUCACGAAAUGGAUGAGGAUGAAGAGGACUAUGAAUCGUCAGCCAAACUUCUGGGAAUGUCUUUUAUGAAUAGAAGCACAGGCCUGCGUGGUAACACAGUGGGCUACAGGCAGAAUUCAGACGGAUCGUGUUCUGCACCGUCUGUAAGGACCACAGUGAUUUGUGCUGUUGUUCUUGUGAUUGCUGUCUCCGUAAUAAUGGCAAUCUACCUUCUUCCCAAAUGUACCUUUACCAAAGAAGGCUGUCAUAAGCAAAACCACACAAUGGACGAUAUAUAUCCUUUGGCAACAAACGGAAAGCCCUUUCCAUGGGCAAAUUUCAGGCUACCAAGUGCUGUUGUGCCAGUACAUUAUGAUAUUGUCUUGCAGCCAAACUUAACCACUAUGAAGUUUUGGGGUUCAGUCCAGAUAACUGUGAAAGUCCUCCAGGUGACCUGGCAUAUCAUUCUUCACAGCUCAAAACUUAACAUUACCAAGGUAACUCUUUCUUCAUCAGGCUCAAGCCAGCCAAAGCAAGCCGAGCUUCGGGAAUAUCCACUGAAUGACCAGAUUGCAAUUUUUGCCCCCGAGGCUCUCCUUGCAGGACAACAAUAUAACAUCAACAUGGAGUAUUUCUCUAAUUUAUCAGAAAGUUACUCUGGCUUUUACCGAAUCGCUUAUAACAAUGACAACAGAAAUUCAACAAAAAGGUGGCUUGCAGCAACCCAGUUUGAACCCUUGUCAGCAAGGUCAGCUUUUCCGUGCUUUGAUGAACCAGCAUUCAAAGCCACUUUCCAAGUCUCUGUCAAGAGAGAUAAUCAGCAUUCUGCAUUGUCAAAUAUGCCAAAGAAAGCAACCAAAUCUCUGGCAGAUGGAUUGGUUCAAGAUGAGUUCUAUCCAAGUGUGAAAAUGAGCACUUACCUAGUAGCUAUCAUCGUUGGAAACUUGGCAAAUCGCACCAAGGAAACAAAUGGGAUUCAGGUAUCUGUCUAUUCUGUGCCACAAAAGUUGAACCAUACUGAAUAUGCCUUAGACACAGCAGUGGAGCUCCUCAAGUUUUAUCAGAAGUAUUUUAAUAUAACAUACCCGCUUCAAAAAUUAGACUUGGUAGCUCUUCCUGACUUUGAGGCUGGAGCAAUGGAAAACUGGGGUUUGAUCACUUUUCGAGAGACAACACUCCUUCAUGAGGACACGACAUCGUCAGCCAUGGAUAAAAAGAGAGUAACAAGAGUGAUUGCUCAUGAGCUGGCACACCAGUGGUUUGGCAAUCUGGUAACUAUGGAAUGGUGGAACGACCUGUGGCUGAAUGAAGGAUUUGCCACUUUUAUGGAAAAUUUUGCCUUGAAGAAAGUCUUCCCAGAAUUAUAUACUGAUUACUCUUUCCCAAAUCUGCAAUUCAAGACAAUGGAGAAAGAUUCCAUGAAUUCAUCUCAUCCCAUCUCCCUUGCCGUCCAGUCGUCAGAGGAGAUCGAGCAAAUGUUUGAUGCCGUCUCCUAUAUCAAGGGAGCUUCUCUCUUGUCAAUGUUGAAAAACUAUCUCCACAGUGAUAUCUUCCAAGCUAGUAUUCAGUUAUAUCUGCAUGACCACAGCUAUGGGUCCACCCAAAGUGAUGACUUGUGGGAUAGCAUGAAUCAGGUGAUAAAUGACACCCAUGUCGAUAUAAAAAUCAUGAAGACCUGGACUCUCCAGAAAGGAUUUCCUUUGGUGACUGUCAAAAGAGAAGGCAAACUGAUUCAUCUGCAGCAGGAGCCAUUUGUGCACAAUGUGGAAUUGGAAAAUCAGACCGUACCUGCCAGUUAUUUGUGGAGCAUUCCUCUUUCUUAUACCACCAGCAAUGACAGCUUACCCUACAGUUCUCACAAUUAUUUACUGCAGCAAAAGUCAGAUGCCGUUGAACUUCCAGGUGAAACGCAGUGGGUGAAAUUCAAUGUAGACUCAAAUGGUUUCUAUAUUGUACAGUAUGCGGAAAAGGACUGGACUGCUCUAAUUGACCUGCUGAAGACGGAGCCCACUGCUCUGAGUUCCAGAGACAGGGCCAAUUUGAUCCACAACAUUUUUAAUCUGGCAGGAUUAGGAAGGGUGUCUUUGGCCAAAGCCUUUGACCUGAUUGAGUACCUAGUGAAAGAAAACAGCACUUCUCCAAUCAUACAAGCGUUGGACCAAAUGAACCGUAUCUUCAACCUAGUUGAAAAAAGAGGAAUGCAGACCCUUUCAGCGAGAAUAUUGCAUAAGAUGUUACGACUAUUUAAAGACAAGAUUAAUCAACAGAAAUGGACAACUGAUGGGACCCUUUCAGAACAAGAGCUGAAGUCAAGUUUGCUGACCUUUGCCUGCACCCAUAAUUUGGAAGACUGCAGCACGGAUGCUACCAAGCUAUUUAAUGAAUGGAAAGAUUCCAAUGGCACAAAAAGCCUGCCAACAGAUGUUAUGAAGAUCAUAUUCACAGCCGGAGCAAAAACUGAAAGUGGCUGGAACUAUCUUUUAAGCAUGUAUGCUUAUUUGGUGUCUGAACCAGAAAAGCUCAAAAUCCUUGAAGCAUUGGCCAGCGCAGAUGAUGUUAAAAAACUGAUAUGGUUAAUGCAAACAAGCCUGGAAGGAAGCAUCAUCAGAUCGCAGGAUCUUCCAACUGUUAUAACAACAGCCAGUCAGAAUUUGCCUGGACACUUACUAGCAUGGGAUUUCGUUAAGGAGAACUGGGAUCAGCUUAUAAGGAAGUUUCACCGUGGAUCAUACACCAUGCAAAGUAUUGUGAUUGCGACAACUUGUCAGUUCUCAACACAAGAACAUCUGCUUGAGGUUAAGACAUUCUUCGAAUCCAAGUCGGAGGAGACUGCUCAGCUACGGUUUGUUCGAGAGGCCAUUGAGAGGAUUCAGCUGAAUAUCCAGUGGAUGGAGAAGAACUUGGAGACGCUGGAAAAAUUGCUAUAGUGAUCGCAUCCACCAGAGUCCGCAAUAGCCACUUAGAAUGUGGCAGUUUUUGCUCUUUUGUCCAAAAAGGGGCGUGUGCGAAAAGGGACAGUGCAACUUGCUUUGCGCUGCGAGGGUUAGAGUUAGCUCAGGGUACAUCUCUUAAGUUGGCGCUCUUUGCAGUGCUUGUAGACGAGAGAGAGUUGCUAAUCUAAGGGAAUGUUCGUUCAUUGACCAAACAUUCACGCAAAACAAAGACAGUAACUUGUCAUGGAGCCUCCAUUCCAUCAUAGGAAAAUCCAGUUCUACUUUCUACAUAUUGAAUGAAAGUUGAACAACAGCAACAAAAAAAGAGCAGCAAAACGAGAACUCUCCUGUGAUCUGUUUUCUCUCUUUGCAGGGUGCUGUCUAAACAGACUUCCUCAAUGUCUGUAGCUUCUUGAAUGGUAAAUACUGUACCCACUCUGAAGCACGUUUUAAAAAAAAACGAUUAUAAGCAGCUGCUAAGACACACAAUAUGGAAGUGAACAACUAAAGUGAAAAUGUUGGAUUUUGGGAAGCUCUGAGUUUCGUUUUAUCAAAGUAAUUUCUAGACAUUAUGCAAAUAUCAGAAAUAAUAUAAUUAUUGGUAGAAAUCUCUUAUUUUUGUCUGCAACAUGGCUGGGUGCUACCAGUGCCACGUAGUGAACAGCUUUUUUUGCAAAUAGCUUUGUGAGGGGAGUUUUCAGUGUGCAAUUGAUCAGAGUAAAACCCCAAAGAUUUUGACUCCUAUCUCAUUAGGGUACUUAUAAAAAAACCCAGUUUCCAUUGGUGUUUGGCUGACACUAUAGAACAGAGUGUUCUGAUUGUUCUGGUUGAUUUGAUGUUUUUUAAAUACUGAUUUGACUUCAUAUACUUCUUCCAGAGGAUCCUCAUGCUGUGGAACCUUAUUAAUCUCCAAUAUUUAAGUGCUAUAGCGCUCCACUUUUCUAUGUUAUAUUAGCCCAAUAGAGUAAAACUCACUUCAUUUCCUCGUAAGUUGUCCCAUGAUUUAGAAACAGCUGAUAAUAUAACUUUAGAGCAAAUGAGCCAAACUAAGGGAAGUGGCCAAAGGUUGUGCGGUCUCAGUUUUUGAAACAGCUUUGGGCUACUAUGAAAAAAGUCAUGAUAAUUUGUUCAAGAGAAGCAUUCAGAACUUACCACACCAUAGUUUUAUUUUGCAGAGCUUUCAGUGCGUAUCUCCUCUGCGUUGAUUUCACAAUAAAUGCAGGGAAAUAAUGGCUUUUUCAGAUACGUUGAAAUUUGCAACAAGAGGAGAAAAAUAAUUGUAUACAUUAAGGUAAUAAAGAUUUAAUACUUCUGGGUCUCUAGUAGGCUGAAGUAGAAAUUCAUCAAUUUCUGCUUCACUUUCUAAAAUGGCCUCAGAGCUUCUCAUCUUUCAGUGGAAAACAUUACUGUGCAUUCAUUCUUUGAUUGGGAGGAGAUAAUUAUUGUCAUGAACUAUGGUUGAUGGUUAGUGCUUGAAUGGCUUUGCUUUCUCCCCUCUUUCUGGCCUGUAGUCCACUCCUGCGACUUCACCCCUUUCAUUUUUCUUUCAUAUAGUAGUACUGAUGGUCAAGAUUCUGUUACUUCCCUUUUUGUUUAAGGGCAGGGAGUCACUUGAGGCUGUCCUCUAUUUAUAUAUAGAUGCGCUUGCUACUGGAAAUGUGAAAUGUACUUGAAAAUAUAGUGCACCUGCCUUCUAGAAUUAAGACUGUAUUGUUUAAAUUAAAGCGCUGUUGGAUUAAGAGUA